CCAAAAGGCAAUCAAAAUCAAAAACCCUAAUAAAGCUUAUACACCCACACAAAUCACAACGCCUCCAUUGCAACAUUGCUGCUUCUGUCGAUCGUUUCGCUGCCGUUAGCCAUCUUCUCCCCUGUGAAGCCACCGGCCGGAGACAAGUCGCACCCCACAGCAACACCGGUUCGACCCCACGGCUAAGUUUCUGCGAUAAAUCAAAUCGAUGUCGGGAAGAGAAGAUAGCGACUCCGAUGCUCCGGAGGAAUUCACCGCCGAACAGGCGAUACAAAAAGACGAAGAGAUAAGAUCGAUUCAGAUAGAAAACAAAGCCAGGAUUUUGCGUGAAGUAAAAGAACGACGCAGAAAAUGGGCAGAAAAGUUAACACCUCGUGUGAAGAACAAGAACAGCAUCCAAGAAGAUACAGAGGAAAUUGAAACACAAGAGAAGAAAGGAAUGCUCCCAGAUGACAUUGUCAAAUUGCUUUCAGCUAAUGAGAAGAAGGUUUUUUCAGACUCAGAGGAAGAGAAAUCCGAGAAAAAACCAAGAAAGAAGAAAUCCAAACAUUCAGGGAUGGAGCCAAUAAUUUUGAAGGAAAUUCCACCUCCUCCAUGCUUACAAAAAUCAUUGGAGUUUUUAAAGAAAAGGAAAAUGCAAGUUUCAAGAUCAUCUGCAGUUUUGGAUAACUCGCAUCGAGCAUUACGCCUUAUUUCUGCAUCUGGUGUUCUAAAUAAGAAAUGACAAUUUUGACAAAAUUUUGUGUUAAGUUAUUAUUAUCCAAAAUCUAAGCUUAUAAUCUUUCUGACUAUCAUUCAAUGGUGGAAAUGUAAUGUUAUCUUUUGAUAUGAGUGAUAAAAUUUUGUUUUCA